UUGUGAUAAUUCCAGGUGUGGGUGAGAGGCGGAGUGGGAGAGACAGGUAUAAUGGAGCUUCUAACCUACUAGAGUGCCAGUCGACACCAGAACGUCAGCCAACUUCCAUCUCCCAAUUGUUGUGAAUCUGUGCUACAAUUAAUUUGAAUAUUUGCGCAUUGGAAAAUAUCGCCACCGAUUGAAUUUAUGAAGCCAACAACAGCAGGCCAGCCGUUAUUGACUUGAGGCGUCCGUGUCUAGACCGUAUGAAAGUGCAGUCAUCACAUUUUGCCAACGGCCCAAGAUGAGUGAAAGGAUGGCGAGCCACUUGAUGGUUUUAUUCGUGUGUUUAUUCUGCUCCUGGAUUAAUAUCAACGCAGUAGCCGGACACAAUGAAAGCGACGCCUUUCAAGUGUACCAGAAAACUCCGCUGACCAAAUGCUGCAGAGAUGGCGAGUUCUACAGACCGGGACUGGAUAGGUGCUUGUAUCGAACUCACGAUCCCGAUGACGUCGUGUCCGGCAUCCCUGUGCUCUACGCCGUCGAAGAGGAGGAAACGUUCCUGGUGGGUGUGGAGGAAUUCCAUUUGAGCCACAAAUUGGCCGCCUGCCGUAUAGGCAAAAUGGCCACCAGCACCAUGGAAUUCCAAGUGUUUGUCGAUGGCUCGUUGAAAGUGCGAGACGCUCUCGUUCUGACUCCCGGUCAAUUUUGUGUCAACGAAAUCCCGUCGACGGAUCCCAACAAUCCGGAAUUUGUCGCCCGUUAUUGCGUCGCCGAUCCUUGUAUGGAGAACAAGACCAAAUGCCUGCGCAAGUGUUGCCCGCAGGGCUUGGCCGUCGACAGUGCGACCCACUCUUGCCGGGCUCAUCAGACCCCGUUCAACGUGUCCCAACUGACCAGGAAACACGGAGGACCCGUCAGCGACGACGGCAAGGAUUCGCUGACGGUUCACGCCGGAUUCGGAUUCAAAUGCCACAACGAAGAUAUUGUCCUCGUCGAUAAUUUUCUCAUCAACUCGGAUGGAUUGAUGCAACCCAAUCGCCAUUUUUACCAUUUCGAUCAGUCCACCGAUCGCCCAACUGACAAAUACUGCAUCGAUAAUUUUGUCGAAGGAAAUGACACUAAAAUUUUGGGAUUAAGGUGUUUCUCAGCCAUGACAGAGAUUCCGGAGAGUCUCAUGAAGGCGGCCACUGUUUAUCCUUACUUGUUGUUCUUGUCUGUGUUAUUCCUUUCGGCCACCGUGAUGGUUUACGUGCUGCUCCCGCCAUUGCGCGAUGCCAACGGGAUCAUGAUCAUGUCUUACGUCAGUUCAAUGGCCAUCUACUACACUGGACUGGGAAUUAUUCAGAUUGUGCCGGAUAUGCCGAAAACUGUUUGCGCUUCGUUACCCGUGCUGGUCCAUUUCGCUUGUCUGGCCACUUUCGCCUGGCUCAACGUUUUAUGUUUUGAUCUUUGGUGGGAUAUCAGAACUUCAAUGAACGCAGACGAAGAUCAGAGCCAGCGGAGUGAAUCGAGUCGUUCCAAAAGUCGCCGUCUAGUGUUUUACUCCAUUUAUGGCUGGGGUGUGCCGUUCACCAUCAACAUUGUCGGUCAAGUGCUGGAGACGAUCCAAGUUUUACCGGAAAACAUCGUCACCCCCAAUUUCGAGCAGUCGCAAUGCUGGUUUCUAAUAACCAUAAUGCUGUUGGGUAACGCCAUCAUCGUCAUCAUGAUUGUCUUCGCCCUGUGCAAAAUCAGCAGAUACAGCGAGGAACCCACCAACACCAUCCUCCCAAAUCUAACGGGAGUUCGAGUUUCCAUGGGCUUGUUCUUGCUGAUGGUCGCCCUGUGGAUGACAGACUCGAUUUCUCUGCUGACCGAGCAAUCUUUAAUGACUUGGGUGAUUGCCGACGUCGUCAACCUGGUAACGGGACUCACCAUCUUCGUCAUCUUCGCCUGCAGGAAACGAGUCUGGUAUUUGCUGAGGAAAAAGUGGCCCACUUGCUGUUUUCUGGGUCGACGUAGACGCGCUAGUCGGCGUCCAAUGUUUCCUAAUAAAUCUCACACGCCCGAACUGCCUUCGAUGCCUUCCUUGUGCGACAACAACGGAUCGCGUUUCAUCAUCUACAAUUCGAAAAUCUUCCGCCAAUCCGAGCUGGCUGGCGAGUUCUCGUCCAAUUCGCAGGGCGAUCUGCCGUCCGGUUACCAUUCCAACUCGGAUAACAAUCAGGACCUGGAGGAGGAUAUUGAAAUCGAUGUCGACUUGUGGAAUGUCGACCUCGACGCUAUUCAGGUGGAUAGGACGGCGACGACGACAGCUGGAAAUCGACCGGUGGACGAGCGAGAACACGUCAUCGUAUAAACUUUUACUAAUUCUAAACUAAUUUAUCAGAAAAUAAUUUGCUAACAAAAUAAUAAUUGAAUCGUUUAACAAAGUGAUUUUAUUCACAUUUUCAGUGUAAUGCAACAUAUUAUUUGCUGAGAUUUAUUUUGUUCCAAGCAAAUAUAAAUUCGAUGGACCUUGUAAA